ACAAACGUCGGAUAUUAUUAGAUGAAUUGAUGUUUUCUGUAUAAAAAUAUUCCUAAUUAAAUCUUUUUACACUCUGUCUCCUAAAUGUGAUUCUUAGGUUUUUAUUUUUUCAAGAAAAUCCUACUCACAUCGUUAAUAAAGGAUGUCAUUUAAAGAUUUGAGAUCAUUUACGGAAAUGAUGAGAGCUUUAGGAUACCCAAGGUUAAUUUCUUUAGAAAAUUUUCGAUAUCCAAAUUUUACUUUAGUUGCUGAAAUAUUGCAGUGGCUUGUUAAAAGAUAUGAUCCGAAUGCUGAACUUCCCGAUGACAUUGAUACUGAGCAAGAUAGAGUUAUAUUUGUUAAAUCAAUUGUACAAUUUAUGGUAACAAAAGCUUACAUAAAGUUGAAUGCAAAGAAAUUAUAUAUGGCUGAUGGAUAUGCAGUGAAGGAACUCUUGAAAAUUACAUCUGUAUUAUAUGAAGCAAUGAAAACUAAAGUUGAGAAUGAUUUGGAAUCAUUGGAUGAUGACUCCCCUGGGAAUCAUAGUUUUGAUAUUUCAGCCAAGUCAGGAGAUUUAAAAGUAACUCGUCACCUUGCUUCUGAAAUUACCGUCAAAGGAGCAUCUUUAUAUGAUUUACUACUGAAAGAAAUGGAUUUACGAGAAAGUCGAUCGUCAGUCAUAUCAAAACAGCUGGAUAUAACUGAAAUUGAACAAGGUAUUAAGCAAGCAACAAAAGGAUUAGAAGAGGAAAUCAAGAAAACAAAUAGCAUGAUUGAAAAUAUUGCUGCUGAUGAAGCAAAUUUAGAAGCCAAAAUUGAGAAAAGAAAACUUGAUUUAGAAAGAAACCAAAAACGAUUGCAAACUUUAAAAUCUGUCAGGCCAGCUUUUAUGGAUGAAUACGAGCGCUUGGAAGUUGAAUUAGAGGAUCUUUAUAAGAAAUAUGUAAUGAAGUUUACUUGGUUGGCUUAUCUGGAGCAGCAACUAGAAGAGCUUGAAAAAAUCGAGCAAGAACUAAUAUUGCAAAGAGAAGAAGUAACAAAGAGAAUGGUAGAAAAGCUACGACAAGAAGAUUUACUCCGCAGCGAAGAAAGUGGAAACUUGGAUGAUUUUCUGAUUGUGAAUGUUGAAAAUGACGUGAAUGCUCCGAGGGAAAAACCACGAAGGCCGCAACCUGCUCGAGUUAGAAGAGAUGCUCAAAGACGAGUAUAUGGUUCUAUGAGUGGAGGUGAUAAGGAAGACAGUCUUGACUCCGAUUCAGAUUUGGACUUAGAUGGUGAAGAUGAUGAUGGGUCUGAAGUGAGUGAUGAUGAUCAAGAUCUUGAAAAUCUCUCGGAUCUUAAAAUUGCCGUCACAGAUCCUGCUCAUGACUUCUGAAUUGAAUAUGAAUGAGAUAUUUUUAUUUUGAUAGAACAAAUACUAAAAAAAAAAAAAGAACUAGAUAAUAGAACUUUAGUAGGUCGGGAAAAACUUUGUUUAUCUGGGAAACAACAAGAUGGUGUGUUAUAUGUGGCAUUGAAAAUACAAAAGAACUUGUUUCUGAUGAUGCACUGAUUAUGCCUGUUUUAGCAAUUGACAUUUUAUCAGCAGAAACAUAACAUUUUCAUAAUGCCAGAAAGAAAUGAAUUUUUCAAGACUUUUAAUCCAAUGAUUAAUCUGCUUAUUUUGGAAACAUUUAUUUUCUUCAUUAAAUAUUGCAUUAUUUAACCCCAGAUUGCUUGCGCACCUCUUCGCUUUCAAUCAAAUUUCUCCCCACCUCUUUUUUGGAAGUGGACGAUUCCUUGAGUAGCUGACCCAUAGGUCAUAACCUUGAAGGGGUAGAAACGGUGGGGACAUUCUAAAAUUAGUCUCUUUGGAAUUGACUUCUACGGGUGUAUCAUACCCUGCGCAAGUAUUUCUGCUACAGUUCUGAACUAAAGUAUAUGCAAUGCUUCCAAGAGACUUAAAAUUAAAACUAGGAUCUAGUGACGACAUUGCAUCCCCUGCUAAAAAAGCAAAGUUAACGUACAAAAGUUGUACUGAAAGCCGCAAUAUAUAAGACAAAAACCAAAUUUGUGUGUGAAAAAUGUGACAAAAACAUUUACAUGGACCAUAUGGCAUGCAUUUGCAAAAAAAAGGUAGAAAUUGAAUGCAAGUCUUUAAAGAAAGUAUUUUAUAACUAUACUUUUUUUCUCUUAUUUGCAUUUUCAAACUUUUUGAAAAAAAAUUGAACUCAAAUACUAAAAAACCUCCUCGGGUAUGAGAUACCCUAUGCGAGCAAUCUCGGGUUAAAAAUACUUUUGUUUUACAUGUUUGUUAAAAUAAUUAUUAUUAUACCAAUAAUAACUUUUAUUAAAUGUUAAAAAAAUAAAUACAGGAAAUAUGAGAGUUUCUAUUAAUAUACUCAAAAUAGUUUUUGAUACUUAAAACUGUUUGAGAGGCAGAAGUAAACAAAAUAGAGAUAAUAUAAAUUUCUAUUUUGUGCAAUAAAAUUUGUGUUUGUGCCUUUUAUGCCAUUGGUGAAUUUGCUGUGAUCAAUCAUUGAAUCAUAUUGUUAUAUCUAGUCAAUACAUAUGUAAAAUGUUUAGUUCAUUAAAAAUAUAUGAAA